UGUGGAAUUCAAGUUUUUGAGUUUUUAAUCAGUGACGAGUGAUAUUUUUGAAUUUUUUUCGACGAUUUGAUCGAAAAAUAAUUGAUUUUGAUGAAGUUUUAUUGAAAAUAAAUAUUCUACGAUGUCCAAAACAUCGAAAGGUUCGAACUCCGGUGGUGGAGCUGGCCAGAAAAACAAUAACUCGAAUAAUCCCUCCGGUAACGAAAAACAAAAGAAAGGCUUCGUCAAACAAGACUACAGCACGAAACGUAACAGAUUCAAGAAAAUCAAGAACACGAAGAACCCAGCUAAUACGUACAAGUUCGCUAAAGCUGAAUACGAUCGUUUAAGAAGCGAGAAGAAAGCUGCGAAAGAAAGAAGACAGCAAAGACAAGCAGAAAUCGAAGCUGCUAUGAACGUUUACAAAGAAAAGAAGAAACUGAAGAAUAAAAAGCUCUCGGCUAAAACCGCCAAGGGUCAACCAAUCAUGAAAAAUAGAAUCGAAUUGUUACUCGAUCAAAUCCAAAACACUGUUAAAAGCUAGAAGUCCAUUCCGGAUAAGGAUUGAUAUUGGUACAUUUUCGUAUCGAAUGUAAAUAUUACGAAUAAGUGACUGUUUUUAUAAAAAUUAUUUAUUGAAUAAAUAUUGAAAAUUUUGAAAAAACAGGAAAUUUUUAAUUAUCACUCGA